AUGUCUAGAUCCAUCAAAGUCCUCAGUCUUCAUUACAACAAGAUUAAUGAAAGCAAUACUUUUACUAGUGGGGACAUUGUGGAGGGGCAAGUUGUUUUGGAAGUGACCAAAGAAAUAGAUGUGGACAGUUUUUUUGUGAAGCUGAAGGGAGAUGCAAACGUGCACUGGACUGAAAAAUCAGGUGAUAACGAAAGAACCUACCGUGACCAUGAGAGAUACUUCAAACUAAAGCAAUACUUCAUUCAAGAGAGCUCGAAGAAAGGACAAGAAAGGAAUAUCACACUUGUAAGUGGAGAAACUUAUGGACCAGUGAUUAGACCAGGAUGUCAUGUUUUUCCAUUCAGAUUUCAGCUGCCUCAAAAAAAUAUGCCUCCAUCUUUCAAAGAAUUUAAUGCUUGGGUUAGAUACGUCAUGACAGUCAAGCUGAAGAGGCCUUUGAAGCCAACAUCUACAACAUGUGCAGAAUUAACCUUUGUGCCCAGGAAUGAUGGGACCAAUGAUCAUUUACUGCAACCACAAUAUGGCACACAAGACAAGAAAAUUAAACUUUUUGGCUCAGGAAAAAUGUCAAUGACAGUGACAACAGGCAAAACUGGCUAUAUGCAAGGUGAAACAAUCAUAUUUUUUGUUGAUAUUGACAACUUUUCAUCUCGUGACGGCAAGUUAAAGUACAGCCUUGUGCAGCAACAGACGUUCAUUGCUGGCAUGAGAAUUAAAAGAAGAUUAAGAUACAUAGUCCAAGAGACUAAAGAUCGCAUCCCAUCUGGAGAAAAGCAAGAAUUCAUAGUGAACCUGAAGCUUCCACGUGACCUGACUGUCACCUUUGAAAACUGCAGAAUUAUAAAUGUGCAGUACCAACUCAAGGUGUCUCUGGAUGUGUCUUUUUCCUCAGAUCCAGAAGUUAUUUUCCCUGUGGUUAUUCUUCCAGCUGACCAACAAUAUCCUCCCUGUCAAGGCCCACCUGUAGGAUUCCAGCCAUAUCCGCCACCUCAGCCUAACCUUGUGCCCUGUCCUGGUGAACAACCACCUCCAUAUGCAGAACUUUACCCCAAUCUGUAUGACCCUACAGCUCUACCCCAUCCAGGAGCUGCUGCAGAGGUUUAUCCAGAUCCAAAUGCAAUGCUGCCUGGUUUCCAUCCGACUCCAUCUGCACCAGUUUAUGAUCCAAAUGAAAAAACAUUAGAAUCCUAUCCUAAUUUGCCUUAUUAGUCUCCUUCACCAGACAAAUGUCUGACUACCACUUAUGAUUUGUCAAUUAUAACUUCAUGGUCUUAGCUGCAUAAUUUUAGCUCAGCAUUUAUCAUUGUGCCUUAUAAACUAGGACUUUUCUUCAUUUUACAGGGAAUCUAGCUGCAGUUCUUGGGACUUUAUCUCUAACCACUCCAACUAAAACUUAUUUAGCUGAAUCUGAUAGUACUGCAUGCUGUUCUUUUUAGAACAUAUUGCAGCUUUUUGUUGCUGUUGUUGUUCUAAAUUUUCACUUUUGACCUCCCUUCAUGUUAAAAUGAUCUAUGAACUGUAAUUGCUAAAGACCUUUACAUAUUUGCACUAGUUUCUUUACAAAGUUACUGUCAUGUGUAUAGUGCAUGUGUUUUGUUUCUGUUUUUCCUGUUUCUGUCUACCUGAGUUUGCCUGUGUUCCCUAGUUAGUUUCCAUGGUUGUUAAUUAGUCCCACACAUCUGUUCUGAUUUAUUAUUAUUAGACUCUCAACAUACACAAAAAUCUCUAGGCAUCAAAUACUUUAACCCCCUAUGUCAAAAAAAUUAUUUAUCUCACAUAUAAAGUCUAAAUAUUAAAAUAAAUCUCUGCACUUGAAACUUUCAUGCAUCUUAACAUGAAGAUAUCAAAAACAUUGGAAUGUUUUUCAUCAAAAAAAAAAAAGGCAGAUACUACACUCUACAUAAACUCAAAACGUCUUACAUUGUAUGUUGUAAUUAUGCAUCUAUAUCACCAUGCGUAGGUAAAUUCAAAUGAGAUUUUGAUCAUACAUCCUCAUCCCCCAACACACUUGCACACAAAGUAAAGUUCCUUGAUGUCAACAGUCUCUGACAGA